GAUACUAAAGAUCCCGAAAUUUGCGAAGAGUUGGCCGAUAAACCCGAAGUGUUGGCCGAAUUUCGUAAGAAAUCAAAACAAAUGCAUACAAUUACUAGUAAAAUAUACGAUGUUAUGGCCGAUGGUAUCAAAUCGGAUACUAAACUAACGGUAUCGAUGUUUAAUUGUUAUCUUAAAAAAUGGUCGACAGAAAUAAGUGCCAUAUUAUCGCCAGAAGCUCGUGAAUAUCAUAAUAAACGAUUCGAUAGUACAACCGGUAUGGUUAUCAACUAUCUGAACGAUGGCGGCAUCAAAACGGCCGAUAAGUGUGAUUGGCCUAAACCUGGCCGACAAAAAAACAAAAUUCCCGAUUAUUCUACAAUGUAUUUUGUAGCUAAAGUUUAUGCAAAUAUUUAUAAUUAAAAAAUAAUAA